AUGCAGCCGUUCAUUCUCCUCUCGGCUGCGGCCGCUGUUGUCGGCUCGUUUGCCAGCAUCGCCCAAGCAACACCAAUACCUGAGGAUGAGGAUUCGACAGAAGUAGGACAAGACUGGCAUAGCCUGCCCACUCGCCUCACUCGUUUUACAGUCAUCAAAUCUGCUCAAACACGACCAAUCGAUCACCGGACACCGGAUAUACCUGAACAAUAUCCCGACGAGAGCAACGAGGACGAUGCAGGUGCUCGUUCGACGACAACGUUGAAUGUCGAUGGCCGCCCCUAUUCAAUAGCACCUACCACCGCCACGGAUGGUUCUCCUCUUUGCAGGACUCGUCAAACACGUACCAGCGAACAUGUCAGUGGCCCGGCGGAGUUGUCUCCGAGUCCUUUCGUUGUUCCUCGACCUUUUGUCUCGCAACCGGACGACACAGAAUAG